UUGCGGUCAGAUGUGCAUAAUACAGUAAUAUAACACACAAAACCAGUCUCAGCGCGAACAGUAAAGUGUUAAAUAGCAAGAAAUUAUCCCAUUCGCUCUUAGAGGUUACUUUGUAAAAUAAAUCAAGGUUAAAUUCUAAUCAUCGUAGCGAAGACUCAAGAUGGCCAAGUUUAUCAUUUUCCCUGUUGUCGUAUUCGCUGCAAUUAUCAUGAGCACCACAGCUGAAACGGAAACGGUACGCCUUAGUGAGUCUAAACCAGCAAAUGCAGUGCUCACAGAAUUGGUUGAAAAACAUAAGGCGAAUAUUAUCAAGAAAAUUUGUGACAGUUUGUCGAGUUGUCCAUCUGCAGAUGCGAAAAUUGUUAUUAACAGUUAUAAAUCGCUAACGGUCACUGGCGUCGACUAUUUUGUUAGUUUGACUAUUGAUGACAACAUCUAUCACGUUAGACUUUUCUAUCAGCCACUGACACAUUAUGAAGAGGUUUCUGCUGUCCAGGGACCAAAAAAAUCGACCGAUGAGAUUUCAUAUUUCUUUUGAAUUUGGAGUAUCGAAACAGACGGAAAUGUAUAUUGUCAGGACGUAA